AUGCCCCAAAUAAGUGCAUCCGCAUGGGUCCCGCCUGCUCAGGCCGCCCCCCAGGCCACUCUCGGGCUCGUUAGCCACGCCUCGGUACUCCUCGUGCCCUCGCACCUCAGCGGUCCCAGCACCCCAUGCACCUUCAGUGCCCCCUGGUCCCCCUGCGCUCCCAGUUCCCCUGCUCCCCCCGCAUCCCCAGCUUCCCUGCUCCCUCCUGGUCCCCCGGCUCACUCCAGGUCUCCUUGCACCCCCAGCUCCCCGGGUCCGCUAGUCCUCUGCUCCCCCGGCAGCAGCCCUCGAGCCCCGAUCCGCCGCCUCCACCUCUGGAUUCCCCGGCUCCCAUGCCUGCCCCGCAACUCCACGAGCCCACGCGCGGCCCCUCGCGCGGGGACUAGAAGUUUCGAGAGGCGCGGCCCCGCGGGCUCGGCCCCGACGCGGCGGCCUGACUGGGACGGGCCGGGCCGACAACCCGAACCUCGCGCCCCAACCGUCGUGGCGCACCUCACCUCGGCCGCGCCGGCUGCUCCGCUGCGACUCCCGCCCCGGCUGCGACUAGAACCCAGGACCCCAGCCUGGCUUCGGCCGCUCUGCUCGGUCCUGCCCUGCCCUGCCUGGGCAGCUUCUGCCGCCAGCCGCGACCGCACCGCCCCCGCCGCGCCCGCUGGGCUCGCCCGAUUGGCUGCCGGGCACGAGGCCCCGCCCCUCAGCCCCUUGGACGCCGCGGAUUGGGCCAGACCAGCAGCUAGGUGGCACGCCCCCUAG